CGUUCCUCUUCGAGAACAACUGUUAUAUGCGUACGUGGUAAAAGGGGCUGUUUAUAGGAGGAUCAAGAGCCAGUGAAGUAAUAUAUCUUCCAGCCUGUUUAUGGAUUCUACGAAGAGACAUUGAUCAUGGAAACUGGUACUCCACUUUUAGAAAAUGAACCCCUCGGAUUUGGGGAAGAAGAUGAACCAAGGGGAAAGCUCAAACACCCACUUGUGACGACAUUUCAUUUGCUCUUCCGAGUAACAGCACUUUUAGCUUAUGAAUUAUGUGGGUUUUUCUCCAACGGCUUCAUUGGUUCUUUUAUUGUCAUCGUUAUACUCUUGUCUAUGGACUUUUGGACAAUCAAGAAUAUAACAGGCCGCCUAAUGGUAGGACUUCGAUGGUGGAAUUACAUAGAUGACGAAGGGCAAAGUCAUUGGGUUUUUGAAGCUCGGAAGGGUGGUCUUCAGGGUCGUGUGUCGCAGACGGAGGUGCGUGUCUUCUGGGCGUCCUUGGUGGCUUUCCCCAUCAUAUGGGCGAUACUCUUCCUAAUUGCAUUGUUUUCCUUCAACUUGAAAUGGGCUAUGGUGGUGUUAAUUGCCUUGACACUUAGUGGCAGCAACUUGUACGGAUAUGUCCGCUGUAAAUUAGGCAAAUCAGAUAGCAUUACACAAUCUAUUAAGAACGUGGCUAGUGGAAUUAUGCAAAAGCAGAUGAUGAGCAAUGUUGCCAACAUGUUUACACGUGCUCCACCAGCAAACAAACCCAAGCAGCACAGUGUGAUGUUUAAGGAGAAUUCUUAG